CUAGAGUACUGACUCCAUGAAAUAAGCCACUAGAGAAGUGAUGUCAACAAUCCAACAAUUCAUAACACAUGGUUGCAUAAACUGGAAAGAUGGGUGAAGAAGAAAAGAUCAAAGAAACGUUCUUCAUAACACAUGGUUGCCCAAAGUUGAUUAUAGAGGAGGCACAUCCACUACAUUCAUUCUUUAAAAGUUGGAAAGAAAAAGUCUAUUCUAAGAAGCCUAAGGGUAUUUUGGUCAUUUCAUCUCACUGGAUAACUGAUCAACCUGCUGUAAAUUCUGUUAAUCUCAAUGAUACUAUCUAUGAUUAUGAAGGUGUUACUUACCCUGCUUCCUUGUACCAGGUAAAGUACCCUGCUCCUGGGGCACCAAAAUUGGCAAAAAAGGUAGAGAAACUUCUCAAUGAAUCCGGGUUCAAAUCCGUGUACAUUGACAAAAAACGCGGUCUUGGUCAUGCAACCUGGGUACCUCUCUUGCUGAUGUAUCCUGAAGCUGACAUCCCUGUAUGUGAGCUCUCAAUUCAACCACACUUUGAUGGAAUGCACCACUACAACUUAGGACGAGCAUUAGCUCCUCUCAAAGACGACGGUGUACUCAUCAUUGGUUCCGGUAGUGCAACACAUCCUUCAUGGGAUACCACUCACGAUGGUGAUGGAGUUGCUCCAUGGGCUGCAGAGUUUGAUUCUUGGCUUGAUACUGCUCUAAUUAGUGGAAGGUAUGAAGAAGUGAAUGAAUGUGAGACGAAAGCACCAAACUGGAAACUAGCACAUCCAAUGCCGGAUCACUUUUAUCCAUUGCACGUCGCCAUUGGUGCUGCUGGAGAAGAUUGUAAGGCAGAGCUUGUACAUAGCAGUUGGUACUCUGGUGUCUUGACUAAUGGUGUCUUGUCUAGUGGUACCUUGAAACAUGGCUCCUACAAAUUCACUUCCAGCUAAAUGUAUGACAUGUAAUUAUAACAUCGUUUUAAUUUGCUGUUGUUUUCUUCAAUAUAUGUAAUGAAUAAAUUGCUUAUCAUUGCAUGCUACAAUAUAUUGAACUGUUAGCAAUACAUCUCACUUGUUUGAGACAAAAUUAAACUUAAUCUUAAUUGUUAGGUACUCGGGUUUAA